AUGUCUUCCGGCCUCACGUACCUCAUCACCGGCGCCAACCGCGGAAUCGGCCACGGCUUCGUGUCCCUCCUGCUCCAGCGCCCCUCCACGACAAUCAUCGCCGGCGUCCGCGACCCGUCAAACGCCUCCUCCAAGGCCCUCGCGGACCUCCCCAAGGGCGAGGGCUCCAAGCUCAUCGUCGUCAAGAUCGACUCGUCCGUCGAGUCCGACCCGGCCGCCGCCGUCGAGACCAUCCAGAAGGAGCACGGCAUCGCCGCCCUCGACGUCGUCAUCGCCAACGCCGGCAUCUCCCACACCCCGGCCAGCGUCUCCAAGGUCGACUUCAAGUCCGCCCUGGACCACUUCGCUAUCAACUCCGUCGCGCCGCUGAUCCUCUUCGACGCCGCGGCGCCGCUGCUCAAGGCCAGCGCAUCCAAGAACCCCAUCUUCGUCGGCAUCUCGUCGCUCCUCGGGAGCAACGGGGCGGCGGAGGGGGUCGCGCAGCUGCCGGCGCUCAGCCCGUACGGCGCCAGCAAGGCCGCGCUCCACUGGUUCGUGCGGAGGCUGCACUUCGAGGAGACCUGGCUGACGGCCGUCGUGUUCCACCCGGGCCUGGUGGAGACGGACAUGGCGUCGGGGUUGUCGGAGAGCUCGGGCGUCGACCUGAAGACGCUCGGUGCCAUCACCGUGAAGCAGAGCGUCGACGGAUUGGUGGCUGCCAUUGACAAGGCCAACAGGGAGUCGAGCGGCACAUUCAAGAACUACGACGGCACCGAUCUGCCUUGGUAG